AUGGCUCCCAAUGCACAUUGGGCUUCUGCUUGCUGGCUCUUGUGCCACUUCCUUGUUCUCCUUGUCUAUCUUCUUCCAGUUCUCACUGCAGGAUUGGUCGUCCUGAGUUUCUUCAUGAAGCGGACCGACCCUGCUGUAGAGGGAAUGAUCGAUGAGAUCCUCGAUUUCGUUGCCUCAUACUGGUUGUGGAUGCUGCUGGUUCUCGUCCUCUGUGCAGCCGGCACUGGUUUUAUCGGCUUUCGGAAGGCCAAAAUCUGCGCAUCUUUGGGCUUGCUCGCGUUUGACAUGCUCAGCGACUUGUUGGUCCUUUACAAGCUGGCGGUGACCAUGCAACAGCCUGUUUGGAGCAUCGUCUGCCUUGCGCUUCUGUUGUUGAAUCCCAUUCAAGCCUAUCUGAAAACGCAAAAGGCUGUGGAUUUCUUCUACAGCUUCGUGCAUGUCUUGGAAGUGGGUGUGAAGGCGUUAUGUUGUGAGGAGCACGCUGAUUUUGAGGCUGAGUUUGUCAGGCUGAAGUUCAAUGAGGCAUUGUUCGAGAGCCUCCCGCAGCUGGGCUUCCAAACCUACUUCGUGUUUUGGCUGACGAUCAUGCGCUCAAAAUGCGCCGGGCUGGCCUCCAGUGAUACAAGUAGCUCCUUCGGUUUCAAUGUCAGUAGUUAUGACUACUGGCACUGCGACCAGCUGCAGAACCCGGCGUGGCAAGUUCAGUGGUUUCAAUAUCUGUCUCUUGCUGUGGGGGCUGCCUCCAUGGUUUUUGGUGUGGCUGAUUGGGGGAAGAUGCAAUUCGACAGACAAGGCUUGAAAUGCAGCCUGUUCACGUGGAUAUGCAUUUCAUUCGCCCUUACCAGUCGAAGCCUGCACCUUCUUGUAAAGAUGCUUCACUUCUUCGUACUCGAGCUCGAUACGAAGAAAGAGCUUAAGAGAGCGGCAGUACAGCAAUUGUUGUUCGGCUUCGUUUCGAGGAUGUCGAUCAUCUGCCUGAACGAUGCCAUUUGGUUGAGUGUUCAUGCAGCGGCUAAUGAACGCGAGCGUUUGAGCUGCAGGGACAGCUGGCUGCUGGCAAUUUCUAGUGGACUCCUCUCUCCACUGAUUCCGGUGCCCAGCUUCGGCACCUUGCAGCCAGAAGCCCUCAAAGCCGCCAUUUGUCCCUGGCUGAUUAUUGGGGAUGUCGAGGCUCGACGCCGAUACAAACAGCCAGAAGCCUUCGAAGUCGAAGCCGCCUUUUGUUUCGGGCGAUUUCUUGAGGAUGCGGAGGCUCGACGCCUAGUCACACUUCUUUUCCGGAUUCUCUUCGCGUGCGCCUGCUUCCUGGUGGUGCUCGAGCCGAUAAGCUUUCUGCUUGGCGCAAUCAGGUAUUGUUACACAGGUUCAUUCUUGAUGGCGGCAAUUGGCAUGGCCGAAGUCGUGAAUAUGCUUGGUGGUGGGGCUCUGGCACUGCAGGGCACCGAUGACGAGUGGGUGGCGGUUGUUGACCGGGAAGUCCAUUCGUUUGAAGUGGUGCCGGCUGAUGACUCUUACAGCGAGGAACGGAAGAGCGAUGAUGGUGAGUCAGAUUCUUCUGAGGCCGCAGAGCCAAAGGCCUUAAUGUGUUGA